ACCCGGCGAUAGUCGUUUUAACCAGGCACCCGGGUGACCGUUUGUUGUUUUUAGGAACUUAACAGCCCAGCCGCGGCGAAAACUCUUGUUUUUGGCUAGAAAGGAGGAAGGACCGCGGAGGAUGUGUGGGUGGGCGCUUUUAGCUAAUUAGCUUUACGCUUGCUAGCAUUCUUUUUUUUUUUUUUGAAUGAGAGGAAAUGGCCAAAGAAGGCCAAACUGAGACGAAUGCCAAUCGUUUUGUACCUCCACGGAGGAAUCGUUUUUUUCCCCGUUUCACUGAACAUCUUAGCCCGGUUAGCUAGCGGCAGCUCAUAAGCGUAAAGUCAGAUCCGUAGCAUAGCUAGCCGGCUAGCUGUUAGCUACUAGCGCAAAAUGGCCUCAUUGUCGCUCGGUAGCUGUGAUGCUGAAAAGACAAAGCAUGCGGCAGUCACGGCCGACAGCUCCGAACCGCUCUUUACAGCGGCUGUGACGGCUUUAACAUGGCGGCUGAUAGCGGUUACAUUGUGUUUUUGAUGGGGGAAGUGGGGAAAAUUAAUGCCGCCGUGUUGUAAGUUUAUUUAUUCAUUUAGCACGGCGUGCUGGGGAAGUGCUGGGUUUUCAGUGUGCAGUGGGGGAUGGGUCAUGCUAGGAGCCAUUGACGUAAAGCGAGGCUGCAUUUUGUUUGGCUUCUGGCUCCUAGCAUAAUACAACACAGGAGCUCAGUUUAGUAGCAAUGUUUUACCUGAACACUGUAUUCAGUAGCGCUGUCUGACAUAUAUAAUUGUGUAAUACUAAUAUCUGACUCCAAUACUAUUUAUGCAAUUUAAACCAGGUGAUUUCUUUUUUUUUGUGGCUCUUGAUGACUCAUUUCCUGGUAUCUUAAGUUUUUGAACAUCAUAUGUUUCAGCAUUUUCUUGUCAAAUCUUGUUAAAACUUACUGUUAAGGCCCCUUUUAAAAAACAACAACAUAAGAAUGUGUAGGUUUAAAUGAAAUUGAUUUUAAUUGAUUUUAUUGUAUUGGAAAUUAUCUAAAUCUCAAUCACUACAAUUAAGCAUCUAUAGCAGACAAAAUACGUCUCAAAUCAAUAUAUAUUGACCUAUAAAGUAUUGCUAGCAGCACCGUUAAUGAUGAAUGCAUAUAAUGGCAUAAUAACCAUGCAUAAUGAAGUUUAAAUGUUUAAAAAUAAUUUGAAACUGUCAGAGGGUUUUGUCGGACUGUAGUUUUUUGGUGUACAUGUAUUGUGUUUUGUUAUUUUUGGGUGUUCAUGCAAUUGUACAUUCUGUAGGUUAAUGUUUUUGCAUCAGCUGUUCGAUGUAUGUUUGUCUGCUACAUGUGCAAAAUCAGAAUGAUCAAGAUGUAAGCCAUUUCCAGUCUGAUUUUUUUUGUCUCUCUCUCUUUUUUAACAAUAAAGAAAAUAUAUAAAACAAAUAUUGACCUUUACUCUGUAGAUUUAUGGUAUUUACAGUUAAAUUAAUAUCAAGGUGGAAUCCUUGAGAUUUAACCCCAAAAUGCUAAACUAUAGGGUGUUCAAAAACCAGAUUAAUCAAUAUACCUGUUUUAAAAAAAUAAAUAAAUAAAAAAAUCUGUCAUGUCCAAAACUGUUUUUUAAUUCUCUGUGCAGUGUGCUUUCUCUCAGGUUGUAGGUCUUCCUGGUUGUAUUUCAUUUCUUGUUCACUUUUUAUUUAAUUUAAUUUUUUUUUUUUUUUUUUUUUUUUUUUUUUUUUACACAUUGUUGUUUUCCUUCAGGGAGCUAGUUCUCUCUAGUGUCUCUUGUUUAACAGGGGCCAGCCACAAAUGCACCACACAAGAAGACAACAUAUGUCCAUAAUUGUUUUCUCACCCUUUUGUAUUUUAGAUCUCCGGGUACCUUCAAAAAUGACUUUUUUUCCUAUUCUGUCCACUGUCAGGAAAUGUUUUUCUGUAUGCAAGCAAUGACUCAAAGAUCUUUUAGAUCCAUUUCUUUUUUGGUAUGGGUUAUAACUUUUUGAAAAUAUGGUGCUGAUUCCAGAUUAUUCAUCUGAUCAAUAAGGUGAAGCCAGUAGCUGUAAUUUAAUCACUUUUUCUCAUUUUAUGUCAGGUUUUCAUGUGUGUAAAGAAGCACAGUACCUCCCUCUAUUGACGGUUGAAGUAAAGGAGCGUUUACAAUCCAUUCCUAAUUAGAAAUCACUCAAUUUUUGGAUUACAUGUUUGAUUAUAUGUUGAUAAAAUGUUUAAUUAUGUUUUUGUCAUCCCAGUUUUUGGCUGUAAAAUCGUGCACAGCACCCCUGAGUACUACAAUGUGUUAACUGUAAGAUGGUAUGUAAUUUUCACAGGUCGUAGGGCCUUAGUUUUGCCUGGCAUGAAAAACAAAUUCUGCUUUGUUGGUGCGGCGAUAAAUUGUGACAACAACUUAGUGCAUUAAGUUUCAUCUUGGUUUCCACAGAAGAGUGGGCAGUUUUUGUAAAAUUGUUAACACCUCUUUGCUGUUUGAUUUCUAUUCUGUAAACCCUAAUGCUAUGCUUUUACACUCCAGCAUGUAUCAAUACUAUUUUUAUUGUACCCUUGGUUUUACUUUUUUUGUGAUUAUUUUGUAAAAAAUGUAUCACAAAUAGAAAUUUCAAGCAAGUGGAUUCAUUCACCCAAAUGCCCUGCCCACAGGUUUUUACUCAGAGGAGACACAGCUGGACACUGCGCACUAUUUUUCUGUCUGAUGGAAAAUUAAAUGCCACAGGCUGCUGUUCAGAGAUCAGUCUCCUUAUUUACUUGCAUCCCGUUUAUUUUGGGGAGUCAGAGGGCCUUUAAUGUUGGCAGGAGUGUUGUUUUGUUCCUGUAAGUCAUCUGUAUUCCAAACGGUGUGUAAUAAGGAAGUUGACCCUAUUUUUCUUCCCCUCCCUCAGUGAAGAGAAAGUGAAAAUCUUGUUCUACUAGUUUUUGAAGGGUGUCGUGUGUAGAUCUGGAAACCUGAUAUCCCUUGUAAAUAUUAGUGGUUCAUGGUGGUAUAUUGUAUUGUGUAAUAUUGUAAAUGCUAUUAUUUUCCAUAUUCUUAUCACUUUUCCCCUUAAAAGCACCUUAUUGAUUAGGAUAUUUUCUUGAUCACAGGUGGCAGUGGGAAAGAAUCUAAGUGCACUGAUCAUGUAACUUGAGUGCUGUUUUUGUUUUCUGACAAAGGUCUCUCUAGUCUGUGCUUACUUUGAUGCAGCGUCGGCAUUUAGUUGGUAACCAUGCUAUUUUCGGUGGCUCAGUGGUCUGUUAAAAGUGUGGUUGUUCCGCCCAGCAGGAGUCUUGCCUCAGACUGGCCUAAAAUGGGCAGAAAUGGUGCUGAACAAAAGCUGCUUGUCGCUCGUACAAAAGUACUUGAAGCGUUGCAGCCGGGACCAAGCUGCAUUGCUAUUGCCUGUGCCUCUCAACAGGAAAGAGAGACAACAUGUUCCCGAAGGGCACCAAGCGCAAGUUCUCAGACUCCGGGGAGGAGCCGGUCUCCAGUGGUGACCAGGGCCCGGCAGCUUCAUCUGCGGUGCCUCGGGCGCUGACGUCCUCUUACAGCCUGCAGCGGCAGUCGCUGCUUGACAUGUCGCUGAUCAAGCUGCAGCUCUGCCACAUGCUGGUGGAGCCAAACCUGUGCCGUUCGGUGCUCAUCGCUAAUACAGUGCGGCAGAUCCAGGAGGAGAUGACCCAGGACGGCACCUGGCAGAUAAUGACCCAGGCCCUGGCAGCUGCUCAGUGUCCCGCUGACCGCCUGGUAGCCACAGAGGUGCUGUGCCGGCAAACGGACGCGGCAGCUCAGGCCGGGCAGAGCCCGAAGCCCUUCUCCGUGGUUGGUCUGGAGGAAGGCUACCACGCUGAGGAGGUGGUGAUGGAGGGAGACGUGGAGACAGAGGUCACCAUGUCCACUUUGUCGCCCAUCUCCCCCCAGCUGUCCUCUGCUUCUUACCUGGCAGGUCCCUUUGGCAUGGGACCCUGCUGGGAGGAGGAAGAGGAAGACGGUGAGUGCGAGGAGGAUGAAGAGGAGGACAGCGAGGAGUGUGUGUCGGAGGGAGAGGAGGGAGACCGGGACCACCUAAACGCAGACUCCAGGACAGGGGAGCAGGUUUUUGGGACAUUUGAGAUCAAGCACCCGGCGCCACCCCCUGACCCUGCGCUCGAGGAACUGUUUUCAGACGUGGACCCGUCCUACUAUGACCUCGAUACGGUGCUGACAGGCAUGCAGACCGCCCCAAAGAUGGGGCCUUACGAUCUGCUGGAGAGCCUUUCCUCUCACGGGCCAACGACCCUGAGCUCCAGCUCGAGCUGCAGGUCAGACCUGAACGAACUGGACCACAUCAUGGAGAUCAUAGUGGGAUCCUGAAACUCAGAACAUUCCUCUGGCCUGUACUGAUCCCUCAGACUCUUUCCAGACUAUGCACAGUACACAUGUGCAUGUUCUGUAUGUGGUAUUGUUACACAUGGAGAUUGCUGGAGGUUUUGGGACAAGGUGGGAAAUUAACAGCAAGCAAAGUAGAUUUUGGGAUUGGCUGUUAGAGGUGUAGUUCGUCUGCUCUAACGGCUACUUAGGCAAGUCGGCAGCUGCUGUUGGGACCUUCAUCUUUUAUUAAAAAAAUGUAAUUGGCAGUUUAAAGUAGUGAGGGUGAAAUUGAUGAAUUUUGGGUUUCACAAGCCAUCCUGGCCUGUGGGCAAAGCAGUUAGUUUCCUACUUUGUUGAUGAAAUCCAACACUUGACAAUAUCUGUGAGAGGGCAAAGAUAAUUACCUAUACCAUGAUGCAUUCUUAUUUACGUACUUUCCAUGUUUACGUCUGUCAUACAUUCUGUCAUACUAGCUCCUUCUGGUCAUAUUCUUCUCUGCCAUUUUGUCCAUUUCUAUUUAUUGUUACAUGGACUGAGGAACAAUUCAUCACACUACAUGCAUCAGAAACCAGAACAAAUUGUAAAUCCAAAUCUAUGAAUCAAUGCAUAUUUUCCUAAAGAUUUGAGCAAUUAUGAAUGGAAUAUAUGUAUAUGUACGUAUGUGUAUAUAGAAAUAUAUUUUUUGCAUUAUACAGCUGGGGGAUUUUGCAAGUAUCAUUUGAUAUUAUUAUUAUUUUUCCCUCCCAAGCGGUUUUUAAGAUUUUAAUGUAGCCAGACUCGAGACAGUGUCUUCCCAUGGUUUGGUAUAACAAGUCGACUGUAACAGGUGUCAGGACUGGCAUUGUCACACUUUAUAGGCGCUGUUCUUUCAUUUUCUCAAAGCUUUAUGCAGGGCAGGGAAAUUACUGCCAGCCACCAACAAAAGGCUGGUUUAGAUUUGACUGUUUCUGGUAAGUUUACAGUAUCCAGUGGACAAAUUAAGUAAGUUUCCUGCCCUGCUUUACACACAGAUCUAAUAACAAUAAUAUUAAUAAUGACAGCUUUUCUGAAAGCAUUUGGAGAGACCACGGGGUGAUAACUGCAUCAAGAAGCCAUAUUUCUUUCUCAUUUGUUAGUACUACAAAUGAGGAAUUCUGUGUGUUUAACCCAAUCUAAUUUAUUGUUUUAUUUAUUGUAUUUAUUAUAUCUAGGUACAGACAUGCCACAUUGACUUAUCAAAUCAACCAUGAGGCCCGAUGAAAUUAUAUUUAUCCAAAUUUUGCCCUCUGUUCUGAAUGCAGUACCUAUUUAUUCCUCACAUUUUUUUAUUAUUAUUAUUAGUAAUAAUAAUAACAACAACUGGGUUACUAUUUAAAUCACUAUGCAGCUCUGUCAUACGUGUUUCAAAAUGAUUGUAUACGACUCAAAUGUCCUUUAAUUCCUUUAUGCAAACAGUUGCCUUUCUCCUAAAGAUGUGGAAAAUCAAAUGCAUUUUUCAAAAUUGUUCCUUAUCAUCGUGAUGAAGAGAUUAACUCAGGCAAACAAAAUGUAUUGACAAAAAUACAGUAUUACGACACGCUUAAUACCUUACCACAACACUCCUGAAGGAUGUCACUCUGGUCUGAAUGGGAGCUAGAACUUCAAAGACUAAUUACCGUUGUAAAAUGUAUGCAUUUUUUUAUAUUAAGGAAAAAACAUUGUAGCAUCUUUGUAAAUAUUUUUUAUAAUAAAAGGUGCAACUAUU